CGAUGACCCCACCAAGGGCUCUAGACCCAUUCAGCCACCACAAUCUGCCUGCUCCGUCCGCCUUCCCGUCAGCUACCCAGGAACGUGGGACACCCACACCGGGCGUCUCGACCCAAGGCCAGCCCGUAGCGGUCGCCGCCCAUUCUAGUGCCGGAGGCACAAGUAGGAACCCUCCGGUAUGCUUCCAGUGUGGAGGUCGGGGCCACUAUAGGAGCCAGUGCCCAAGCAGACCACGUUCUGGCCGCUGGGGAAACGAUCGGGGCCGGCGAUGGUGAGCGCAUGCCAAUCGCCGGCCAGCAUUCCACCGCCCCCCGGGGUCCUCUCACUUUACGCAGGUCCUGGAAGAACUACUGCGGCUCCUCUGUGGGCUACGACGCGUCUUCAAGAGCAGCCAGCCACGCUGCAGAGGCCAGGCCACCGGGUGUUUUGGUCUUCACAUCAUCCAGCCGCCAGGAAUCACAGCCGCGGCAAACCUUCGACAAAGCAACGCACGCCCAAAGGGACAAGGCCGCAUCCCUUCCCGCUCGGACAACUGCCAGAGAACCAAGCAACCAACGCUCCUGCGAAGUACUCCCCGCCCGAUAACAGCCAUGGUGUACUCAACAAUACGAACACCCCGCAGCAACUUCAGUGCCAACUAGCCCGCGACAAAGCACAAGGCUGGCACCCAUCACGGAACGCCGACACAGGCUGCUGUGAACGCCGACACACGCUACGUGCACGUUCCAUUCUGUGCAACCGGUGGGACAGACAGGGCACGAAUGGUUAUGUGGUGUGACGUGUGGGCCGGCUCCGUUCGGUGUAACCAUCAGGACAAAGACAUGCGACGAAUGGUGAUGUGUUGCGGUGCCUGACAAACUGUGUAGACAAGGACAUGCGACAUCAGGACAAAGACAUGCGACGAAUGGUGAUGUGUUGUGGUGCCCGACAAACUGUGUAGACAAGGACAUGCGACACAUUAUGAACUGUUGUGGUUCCCGACGAACUGUGUAGACUAAUUCAGAACUGCUUCUCAGUUACCCUUUUCUAUUUUCUGUGGUGUUCAUUAUUGUACUUAGUAGUCGCUGGAAAAUGACACUCAUUGGAGUGUCCAUUCUUGUGUGGGGGGGAGUGUCGGGCCGAUAGGCCCUUAUCUGCAGCACGCACGUUGGAAGCAGGGGGAGGAGAACACGCGCGCAUUGCCCAUGCGCGUGACGAGCGGCAGCGGCGGAAAGCCACAGGGGGCGUGAAGAUGGCUGGCGGAUAAGAAGGGAGGCGAGACAAGCCCCAGGGCUUUUUGGUGGGCGGCAGGACGAUGGGAUGCGGCGACGGUCGCGCUAGGCGCGACGGUUUCCUCCGUGAGUGCUGCAGAGCAGAGGCCACGCCGGUUUGGGACGUCCGCUAAUAGGAGUCGUUGGCUCGUCUUCUACUGCGAGUUGCGCGUGAGUUUACUUUCCUGCCGUUAUGUUUCGCGCGUAGGUUCCAUUUGACCGCCAGUCUGCGGGGACUGUUCGUUCCGGGCUUUUGGCUCUCCUGUAUACGUUAGUGCCGUGUUGUGCCGGUCUGGAAGGCCGGUGGUGAUUCUUUUGAGUCGUGAAUUAAAACGGUUCUUGUUCCCAGCG